UAGGUAUUGGAGUAUGUUAUGUAUGUAUGAAAACUGAAAGAUCAAUGACAUAAGGAAAGAAACCUUAACCUCGUACCGAUCAAAUUCUGUUUAUUUGCUAAAUUAUUAUUUCAUUGAAUGUUAAUAAUAUAGUAAAUAUGAAAAGGCAACAAUAAUUUGAUAUUAAAAUUAAAAAAUAAAAAUUCAAAAAAAUUAAAACACUACAUUUUAGUAAAAUGCCUGAAAGAAUUGAGAUAUCUGUAAUUCCUCAAGAUUUGAGGCAUGAAGAAACUAUUGUACAGAUUGCUGAAGUUCUUGAUGAUUUGAAUUUUGCAGUAACUCAUAUUUUUGAUUCAUUAAAUCAGAGAAUUAACAAAAAUAUCAGCAGACUUUCAGAUAUAAAAUCAAGAGCUACGACUGUACAAGGAAAGUUACAAUAUAUGAAAAAUAAUCUUAAUAAGACAGCUAUCAAAUUAUAUUCUGCAUCAAAAUAUCCUGCUGCUCAUGUAUACAAAGAUUAUAACUUAGCUGUACAACCAAAAUCUAGGAAAGAACCUAAUAAAUAUGAAGCUUAUAAAAGUCCUGUACCAAUCUCUGAUACACCAACGACUAUGCACAGAAAGGAAGAAAAUUUGCAUUAUUCAAAUAGCAGUAAAAAUGAAAAAUUACAAUUUUAUUUUGUAAAAUCAAAACUUUUAAAAGACACAAAAAAUGACAAUUCAUCAAAACCCAAAGUGACCUCAGUCGAUUCUUUAUUGAUUUUUAAUGAACAAGAUACAAAAAGUCAAAAUGACACACAGUCAAUAAGUAAUGAUAACCAAAUUGAAGAUGCUCCAGAUUCUAUUUCUCAACCUUGGCAUGCAUCAGAAUUAGAAUCUUCAUCCUCUUAUUUAUAUACUCCAACAGUAGGAGAGGUACCACAUUUAGAUAUACCUUUGACACUGCCCGAUUUACCAGGUAUUGUCGAUGAUGAGCAAUUUAUGCUUGACUCAAAUAUCUCAAGUUUAAUAGAAUCUCCAUCAAUAAAAGGGAAAAAUGUAUCAACUAUAAAUGAAGAGUCAAAAGAAGCAGAUAAAACUUCUCUAAACCAAAAUGAUCCUUCAACUGCACCUUCAUCGACCAAUGAACCUUCAAUUCCAAUUGUAACAGAAUCUACCUUGCAUAAUUUACCAAAAUUACCAAGUCUGCCUGCUAAAAUUGUACCACCUCCUCCACCACCACCUCCACCACCUCCUCCUCCAUUAACAUCGUCAGAUGAAGAAGAAGAGACAAUUUCAAAGAAAAAGCCAAAAAAAGUUUCAACUCCAAUAGCUUCAGCAGAUGAUCGAAGCAAUUUAAUGGCAGCAAUUCGCAACGCUGGUGGAAGAUCAAAACUAAAACCGAUAGACUCUGCAGAUAAGUCAAAAGACCGUUGGGCUUCUGCAUCAGUUGAGGGUGAUUUGAUGGCUGAUUUACACGCCACUUUAGCUUUAAGGCGUAAAGGUAUUGCAAAUUCAUCUAGUAAUGUUUUAUCAAGACUUUCAAGCAUGAUUCCACCUCCUCCAAAACCUAAUGAAGCAUCUGCAUCGGAUAGAAAUUCAGCUACUAGUGAAUCUCAAGAUGAUGAAGCUUGGGAAGAAUAAAUGAAUAUUGAUAU